CCAAAUUUAAGAAUCAAAUAAAUGGAACUCAUAGCCUUCCAUUCUCAACUUUUGAUUCCAAAUGUUUUUGCCUUUACCAAGCCAGGAAGUUGAGAAAAAAGGAAAACUCCUCGUGUGCAAAACACAGACGUUAAUCAGUGAUUCAGGAGAUAAAAAUAUGGAACCCCAAAAUAAACAACACACGCCUAUUGAUUCCGAGUCCACUGCAGUUUCUACUCCACACAAAGUUUCAGUUUCCGAUUCCUCACCACCACACUCCAAACAAAAUAGUGGAGAACAUAUAUCACUCUCACCGCCGGCAGGAAACUCACCGGGCCGGUCAUCAAUUUCAUCUGAUCGAACCACUCUUACUCAUGGGUCUUCCCCAAGAGAAGAUAAAUCUGCCGUCCCCCCACCGGAGACGAAGAGUCCUCCAAUGAACUCAUCGGAGAAUCAUCCGGCUUUUGUGAACUGGUCUGUUGUAGCAGAGCCUAUGGAAAUAGUGUCCAAGACUGAUCCGGGUGGCCCAGAUGGAAAGUCUGGGAAAGAAACUAGUGGCGGACCUGGCGGUGGUGGUGGAAGUGGGCGGCGGAGGCCUAGGCCAGCACUUUCUGUAUUGCGUAGAACCAAGAGGGAAAACAUGGUGAAAAAAGCUGCUUUGGGGUUUAGGAUAUUUGGGUUCUUGUUUUGCUUGGUUUCGUUCUCACUUAUGGCAGCUGAUAGAAAUCAGGGUUGGGCUCUUGAUUCAUUCGAACGUUACAAAGAAUUCAGGUACUGUAUGUCAGUGAAUGUGAUAGGAUUUGUAUACUCAGGCGCGCAGGCGUUGGAUUUGUCGUACAAUUUAGCCACCAGAAAGUAUAUCAUGCAGCAUCAACAGCAACGCCGGUAUUAUUUUAAUUUCACCAUUGAUCAGAUAAUUACUUAUCUUCUGAUAUCGGCAUCUUCAUCAGCUACGACUAGAAUUGAUGAAUGGCAAUCCAAUUGGGGAAACGACAAGUUUCCAAACAUGGCUAGUGCUUCUGUAUCGAUGUCAUUUCUUGCAUUUGUUGCCUUGGCGGCGAGUUCGCUUAUAUCUGGUUACACUCUCUGCAGCUCCAAGUCAAUGUAGUUUCAACUUCUUUGUGAAAUUUAUUUAACUUUUGGACUUUGAUUACGUGAAAUUACUUUGCAUACAGCAGAAAAAUUACUCAUACUGGUUGUUUAAAUUGUGUAUAAACAUGUACUAUAUUAAUAAUUAUAUAUACGGUUCAGUUGAUCUGUUGAAGAUGCUGGACCAUGGCGUUUAAAA